AUGAAUUAAUUGGAUGAGGUAGUCAAGUUCGCCCUCUAUUAAUGUAGAGCUAGAAACAACCCCAUUACUGAAACUCUUGCAUCCUACGUUGCAUAGACCAUUCUCAACAAAAGAACAAAUAAAUUUUACCUUGAAGAAAAACUCAAUGAAAGCGAAUUGAACGAAUUGAAAAAUGAGACACUGAACAAACUCAGCAAUUAAAAUGCCCCAGAUCUCAAAACUAUCCAAUUACAAAUAUAAUAUGAUAGUGCCUAUGUCGAAAUGGAAUUGCAAAGACAAGAAAAAAUCAAAAAGCAAUCCAACGAGACUGGCAAAUACAUUGAUGAUGUCGUGACUCUCGAAAUUAAGAAUGCCAAAGAUUUUGAAGGCUUGACCACCUUAUAUACUAAAAUGUUUCAUUAUUUGAUAUACAAGAACAAAGAAUUGAUUGAAGAUCCCAUUAAUUUUGAUGCUCUAGGUCAAUUCAACAUGGACAAAGAAGUUGGAGCUGCUCUAGAAAGUGUCAUCCCAAGAGCCGCCCUAGGACCCUUUGUCUCAUUGAAUCCCUCCGAAAAAGUAACCCAACUCGUCGAAUUGGCAAACCUAGUCAUUGGCAUUAGAUUGUUCAAUAAGAAAAUUGGAAAGGGUGGAGUUUCAUUAAGUUCCUUAGAAGAUCUUACUAAAUAUAAUGCUAGAGAAUUAUCCGAUUAAAUUAAACAAAUCGCCCUGGAAACAAUAGAACAAUGCGAAAUCUACACUACUUUCUUCAUCAAUUAAGACAAAUUUCAAAUGAACAAUGAAGACAUCGAAAAAUAUAAGGAUGAAUUGGCCUUCCUUAGAUAAUAUUUAUCUUACAUCCUGUCAUUACAAGAGGAUAUCGAGUAAAGCGAAGCCAUGAUUGAGUAAAAUAGAAUUAGAUUCAUUAAGGAAAUGGAAGACCUAAAGAAAUUAUUGGAACAUAAAUCCUCUGCUCCCAAAGAAUAAGUCUAUCCUAAAUUUGCAUUGCUAGCUCAAAGUCACAUAGGUCUAUUUGAAGAUAAGCAAAUAUCAAUUGAGAGAGUGGAACUCUUUCGACUGUUGGUUGAUCUAAGGAAAAUGAUGAAACUCUCAAUGCCCUUAGCAAUCUAAAAACAAUGCAAAUAAAUGGAAUCAACCUAACCCGAUAAUCUAGCGUUAAUUAAUUAUCAACCAGAAUCAGGAGUAUAAAGACUAUUACCUUAAAAUACCCCUGAUUUUAUGCAAACACAACUAGAUUAUUUCGGUUUCUGUAUUUGGUCAGUUGUAAAAAAGAAUGGGCUAUUAAUCCCUGGAAAACCAUCUUUGGGGGUGUUCAGAUACAGAGACAAGAAUUGUGUUUUUAGCAAUGAGAUAGCUAUCAAUGAAUUCUUGUCAGAACCACAAAGAUAUUUAACAGGAGUGAUUGAUAUAUGUAGACAGAAACCUCAUCUAAUCAGAUUAUUUAGAGUGGAAGAGAAUUUCAAGAAUCUCAAUUUGAAACUAACAUUCGAAAGCGGAAGUUUAUUAUCUAAUAAAUUGAUGGUGGAUAAGGAUGUGCAAACACCAGUUCAUUUUAUAGAAAAGAAUCUUGACCCAAAUUAUUGUUGGAAUGAAUGGGAAUUGAGAAGAAAAGCUAUAUAAAUGGCAAAUAUAAGAAAAAGAUAGACUAAGGCAUCCUAGACUAUUUUAAGUAAUUUCAAAGUUGAUAGUGAAGCACAAGUAUACGAAAUGAAGGAUCAAUAAACUUCAACAGGAUAAAAUAAAGGAUUAAAUCCAUUAAGACCAAGAAACUAUAUAGUUGGUCUAAGAGAUAAAACAUAUAAUCAGCAAUGA